AUGGUUGUGGCCCUGGCUGUGGUCCUGGCAUGCCUGGUGAGUUGCAGCAGCGCCAUGCCUGAGCCUGACCCCGUGGCUGACCCUGAUCCUGCAGCUGACCCUGGAUAUCGACGCUACGGAGGAUAUGGAUAUGGUGGAUACGGUGGUUAUGGGGGUCGUGGAUAUGGAUACGGAGAAAUUCUUUCGAUGGUUGUGGCCCUGGCGGUGGCUCUGUCAUGCCUGGUGAGCUGGAGCAGCGCCAUGCCUGAGCCUGACCCCGUGGCUGACCCUGACCCUGUAGCUGACCCUGGAUAUCGUCGCUACGGAGGAUAUGGAUAUGGUGGAUACGGUGGUUAUGGGGGUCGUGGAUAUGGAUACGGAGGUUAUGGAUAUGGAGGAUAUCGUGGUGGAUUUUAUGGAUAG